AUGGAAAAUUCAGUAAUUCAUGUUGAUGAAGUAGCAAUGCAGUCCUCUUCUACUAGGAAAAAUGGUGGUUGGAUAACAUUCCCAUUUAUUAUAGCAACCAUGGCGGGGUUAUCGCUUGCGGCCGGAGGGUGGACUAGCAAUCUGAUUGUUUUUCUGAUAAAUGAGUUCAAUAUGAAGAGCAUUGCUGCUGCUAAAGUUUUCAAUGUUGUCAAUGGAUUGACAACAAUUUUUCCCAUUGUUGGUGGGAUCAUUGCUGAUUCUUAUCUUGGCUGUUUUUCUGUUAUUUGGAUUUCUUCACUUAUUUCUGCUCUGGGUAUAUUGCUUCUACUAUUGACAGUAGUAAUUGAUGCAUUAAGACCUCUAGCAUGUGGUGAUGGAUCCAGUCUCUGCACAAGUCCUUCAACAAACCAAUAUGUAUUUUUGUAUGUGUCUCUGGCACUAGCAUCUAUAGGGGUCGGGGGCACGCGUUUUACAGUUGCACCCAUGGGAGCUUACCAAUUUGAUAAGCCAAAACAUCAAACAAUGUUCUUUGAUUGGUACAUAUUCAUCUUUUACUUGUGCUUGGCUUUAAGCACCGCGUUCAUCGUCUAUGUGGAAGACAAUAUCAGUUGGGCAUGGGGUUUUGGUAUAUCUAUGGCUUGUAACAUCCUUGGCUUGGCAAUUUUCCUUUCUGGUAAACGUUUCUAUCGCCAUGUUAAGGAACAAGGAGGCAGCCCUUUCGUUAACUUAGCACGUGUGGUAGUUGCUGCUACUCAGAAAUGGAGGGCCCCUCUUUCAGAUCAAACUCAACACUACUAUCAUGAUCCAAGUGACAAAAGUACAACUUCUCCAAAUCCUACGAAAUCCUUCAAGUUCUUGAAUUGUGCAGCUUUUAUUACAGAGGGAGACACUAAACCAGACGGAUCGAUUAGUAAUCCUUGGAGAUUAUGCACAGUGCAUCAAGUAGAAGAUUUGAAAAGUUUGAUCAAACUUUUCCCUCUAUGGGCUAGUGGUUUACUAAUAUCGACACAACUGGUAAUGCAGUUGAGCUUGUUAACACUUCAGGCUCUCAAAAUGGAUCGCCAUAUUGGACCUCAUUUCGAGAUCCCAGCUGGUUCUAUGUUAGUCUUCAUAUUGUUAUUCACUUGUAUAGCCAUAUCCAUCAUUGACAGAAUACUAAACCCCUUCCUAGCUAAGUACACAACCUUUUCUCUCACCCCUCUUCAACGCGUUGGCAUAGGCCAUGCACUAACUAUAUCGUGCAUGGCUGUGUCCGCGUUGGUUGAGUCUAGACGACUGAGGGUAGCUAGAUCACACCAUCUCCAAGGACAAAUAGAUGCUAUCGUCCCAAUGUCUGUCUUCUGGCUACUACCACAACUAGCUCUAAAUGGAAUUGGAGAAGGAUUCCAUUUUCCAGGACAUAUCACGUUUUAUUAUCAAGAAUUUCCAACAUCCUUGAAGAAUACCUCGACUGCAAUGGUAUCGUUGUUUAUUGGUAUCGCGUUCUAUAUAGGGAAUGUGUUGAUUGAUGUUGUUCAAAGAGAAACAGGAUGGUUGCCUGAUAAUAUCAAUGAUGGAAGAAUGGACAAUGUAUUCUGGCUUUGUUGUACCCUGGGAUCAGUAAACUUCAUUUAUUUCCUUCUUGUUGCUUCCUUCUACAAGUACAAAAAUAUGGAAAGCAAACCAAAUGAUGUGCCAAGUAAAUGA